UAUUUUACUACAUCAGGUUUACGGAUAGCAGUAUUUACCAUCAAGGUUAGGGUUCUGAUUAAGAAUACACUUCAGAGUGUAUGUACACACACACACAUAUUGGGACAACCCUCCAAAUAAUUGGAUUCAGGUGUUCCAGUCACCUCAAUGGCCACAGGCAUGCAGACUGUUUCUACAAAUAUUUGUGAAAGAAUGGGUCGCUCUCAGGAGCACAGUGAAUUCAAGCGUGGUACCGUGAUAGGUUGUCACCUGUGCAAUAAGUCCAUCUGUGAAAUUUCCUUGCUAUUUAAUAUUCCAAAGUCAACUGUUAGUGAUAUUAUAACAAAGUGGAAGCAACUGGGAACAGCAGCAACUCAGCCACGAAAUGGUAGGAAAACGUAAUAUGACAGAGCGGGGUCUACGCAUGCUGAAGCACACAGUGCGAGGAAGUCACCAAAUGUCUGCAGAGUCCAUAGCUAAAGACCUCUAAACUUUGUGUGGCCUUCAGAUUAGCACAACAGUGCAUAGAGAGCUUCAUGGAAUGGGUUUCCAUGGCCGAGCAGCUGCAUCCAAGCCU